AACGAAAUUAAUUAGCAAGCUCACCGCAGGCUGCUUUGCUUCUUUGCCCUUCACUUCCAUCCGUCGCAAUCAGAACCUUCCGCGAAUACGUCGUCGCCGCGUGUGUUGGAGAACAACGCAGAUUGAUCUGAGCUCACGAAGCUGCGAAGGAGACCGCAUUCGAUCUCAUUCCGUCAGAAUCUUGAAUUUUACCGAUAUUUACUAUUUUCUGUGUUGAGACAUCACUUAGCGGUCUAUGAUGUCUGAUUCACAUUCUGAUGGAACGCAGCCUGACAUGAAACAGUGGGUUCUUGAGCCGGAGACAGAGUAUAGGUUCGAGCUCGACCCUGAUACCUCCCUCGCAAUCAAGCUGGCUCAUGGACAGGCCGAGGUCUUCGGUGCUGAACUCGCAGAAGGCAAAACAUAUCUUUUCGGGACCGAAUGCAGGGCCGCAGUUUUCACCUGGCAAGGUUGUACCUUGGAGAUUACAGGCCGCCCUUCCACCGAAUAUGUAUCCGAGGAAACCCCUAUGGCGGCAUAUGCGAAUGUGCACAUUGCGUUCGAGCAGAUGCGUGUCAGAGCACUCCGUGUCGUGCAUGGAUCUCCCGCUUCAGAUGAUGAUGCCAAUGCCAAUGCAGAGCCACCAAGAGUCCUUGUUCUCGGUCCUGAGAACUCGGGAAAGACAACAGUAUGCAAAAUUCUGACAAAUUAUACUGUUAGAGCAGGGCAGAACUGGUCCCCUGUGUUGGUAAACGUCGAUCCGAGUGAGGGUGGUUGGGCAGUUCCUGGAGCAAUCUCGGCCGCUCCAAUUCGCAGCCCUAUAGCUACAGCAUCACCCGCCAAUCCUCUUGGCUCUGCUGCUACAUCAGCUCCUACUGCCCUCUCUUCGAAUGCGUUGAUACCGCUAAGCUAUUGGUAUGGGCAUUCAGAAACCAAACGGAACCCAGUUCUACUAGACCGACUUAUCCGAAAUCUGGGAGAAAAUAUCAGACAAAGGGAUGAUGAUGACCCGGAGGCUCGCGUGUCGGGUUUAAUUGUCGACACUCCAUCGUCUUUUGCAUCGAGUUCUGGCAGUGCGCCAGACAACAGGCACACGCUCAUAAAAGCAUGUGUCGAUGCUUUCAGAAUCAAUGUAAUUCUCGUGGUCGGACACGAAAAAUUGACCGUUGAAAUGCAACGGCUGUUUGGCAAUCGGUUUACAGUGGUCAAGAUACCGAAGUCAGGAGGAGUCGUUGAAUUGGACCAUGGUUAUCGGGAACGCGUGCAUAAGUAUCAGUUGCACACUUACAUGUAUGGCCAAAAAAUAGAUCCACCCCCUGGCAUAACCUCCGCAAUUGUUGGAGGCGAAGCGGUGGCAGACCUCGUCCUUUCGCCAUCCUCAUGUGUCAUCAAGUUUGGAGAUUUGACAAUCUAUCGCAUCGGUGCUGAGAACAUGGCUCCUUCUUCCGCAUUGCCUAUUGGUGCUGCACGCAUGUUGUCGGAGAUGCAGCCCGUGCUUGUUGAUCCUGCAUCCAGCAGCUCGGGCCUACUUAAUUCCAUCCUCGCCUUGCUUGCACCCUUCAACCCGGAUGAGUCCGAGCGCUAUGACGAAGAAAUUUUGGACCUGACUGUGGUCGGUUUCCUCGUUGUUACCAGCAUCGAUGCUCCCAACCGGAAAAUGACGAUACUCGCGCCUAACCAAGGAUCACUCGUCGGUAAAACAGCCCUUGUGGGCUCCUUUGAUUGGCAGGAAUAGAGUUCAACAAAGAAAAUUUUAUGGGAUCAUCCCUCGAGGAUUCUUGUACCUGGAGUCCUUGACCAGACAAAUGACUGAGUGAACUCAAGGCUUCGGCACGUCUAAGAUGCCCUAGAUCUGUGAGGGAGUUGGCAAGGCACAGCUUUUACUCCAUCACUUCAGCGCAAUUGUACUUAACAUAGUUCCUUCCGGCACGAUAAAGAGUUGAACGAUGAAUAUGGUUUCUCACAAUCUCUAUAGUUCUAAUUUCAGGCUAGAGGAUUGCGAGUACAAGGCUU